AUGGCACCAGGCACUAACGGCCGCGUCGUCCAGGUUGAGGACACCAAGAUCUGCGUUGUCAUGGUUGGCUUGCCUGCACGAGGGAAGAGUUACAUAGCACAGAAAGCCCAGCGUUACCUUCAAUGGCUCUCCAUCGACGCCAAGACAUUCAACGUCGGUAACUACCGACGUCAUGACGCUCCUCAACCGCCAGCCGAUUUCUUUGCUACUAGCAAUCUCGAUGGAGAACGCAGACGUCGCGUCGCCGCCGAGGCCGCUAUUGCCGAUAUGCUAAGCUGGUUUCGCCAAGGCGGUGUGAUCGGUAUCCUUGAUGCUACCAAUUCUACUAAGGAACGCAGGAAAUGGGUCUACGACUUAUGUACCAAGGAGGGUAUUGAAGUCUUGUUCGUUGAAUCCAAGUGUGAUAAUGAGGACCUCAUCAUGGCCAACAUCCGAGACGUUAAAACUACCAGUCCUGACUACAAGGGCCAGGAUCCUGAGAAAGCCGCUCUAGAUUUCCGCAAUCGAAUAAAGAACUACGAGAAAGCAUAUAAGAGCAUUGAUGCUGACGGUGACGAGAAUGAAUAUACCUACCUCAAGAUUAUGGAUGUUGGGUCUCAGGUUAUUAUCAACCGUAUACAAGAUUACCUACAAAGUCGGGUAGUCUACUAUUUAAUGAACUUGCACAUCCGGCCGAGAUCAGUGUGGCUCUCGAGGCAUGGAGAAUCACUGUACAACCUUUAUGGACGAAUCGGUGGAGAUGCGGAUCUAUCUCCACGAGGACAUCAAUAUGCUAAGAAGUUGCCUGAGCUCGUUCGUCAGUCUGUCGGUGGUGAUCGCCCCCUCACGGUAUGGACCUCGACCCUGAAGCGCACUAUACAAACGGCUCGUUUCCUACCUGAGAAUUACAACCAAUUGCAGUGGAAAGCAUUAGACGAGCUCGAUGCGGGCGUCUGUGACGGCAUGACGUACCAGGAGAUCAAGGACGUUUACCCAGAGGAUUUCGUAGCGCGCGACGAAGAUAAAUAUAAUUACCGCUACCGCGGUGGCGAGUCUUACCGCGACGUUGUUAUCCGUCUCGAACCUAUUAUAAUGGAGCUUGAACGAUCUGAGGAUAUCCUGAUUGUUACCCAUCAAGCCAUAUUGCGCUGUAUAUAUGCAUACUUCAUGAAGAAGGACCAGUCUCGCAGUCCCUGGAUGAAUGUCCCGCUCCACUGCCUCAUCAAGCUCACACCACGUGCCUACGGUACCGAUGAGGAAAGAUAUCAAGCUGAUAUUCCUGCUGUUAGCACGUGGAGAGGUAAGGGAAGCACCGCUAAGCACGAAGACCCUGUCCCAGAGGCGAAUCUGGGUUACACUCCGACGGCGGCAGUUCACUAA